AUGACUCAGAUUUACCAGCAUAUCCUGGCUUUAGUAUUUGCUGUUAAGGAAAUCAAUACUAACCCCCAGAUUUUACCCAAUGUUACACUUGGCUUCAAAAUCUAUAAUAGCCAUUUUACUUCAAAAUGGAUUUACCAUGCCUCAAUGGAGCUCCUUUCGUCUAAAGGCAAAUUAAUCCCUAAUUACAACUGUGACAUCCAGAAAUAUCCAGUAGCAAUAAUUGGAGGACCUGACAGUGAUGCAUGUCUUCAUGUGGCCAUCAUUCUGCACAUUUACAAGUUUCCUCAGUUGACAUAUGGCUCUGCUCCAAUGACAGAUGAGGACAAACAGGCUGGUUUCUAUCACCAAAUGUUUCCAAAUAUGGACCAUCAAUAUAAGGGAAUUCUUCUGCUACUGCAGCAUUUUAUGUGGACAUGGAUUGGGGUCUUAUCUGUGAAUAAUGGGAAUGGGGAGAAGUUUGUACAAAAUGUGGUUCCCAUGUUUGCCCAGAGUGGAAUCUGCUUUGACUUCAUUGAAAUAUUUCCCUUAAUUUCUUAUUCCACUGACAUUUUCAAUAUCGUGAAAGAAGGGAUAAAAAUGUACAGUGUGGUCAUGAACAGCACUGUCAAUUCAGUGUUAGUUCAAGGUGAAAUUUUUAUAAUGAUAAUUUUGAGAAUGUUUCCUACUAUGUCAAAAUUUGAAGAGAUACCAUUACGAGAAAAUGCUAAAAUCUGGAUUAUGACAGCCCAGAUGGAUUUCACAUCUCUUCCUUUUCAGAGGUGGGAAGAUCUAGAUUUUCUCCAUGGUGCUCUUUCCUUUGCGGUUCAUUCAAGAGAAGUCCUAGGAUUUCGGGAAUUUCUUCAGAUGAAAAAACCAAAUUUCAACCAAGAAGAUGGCUUUAUUAGAGUUUUCUGGAAGGAGGCUUUUGGGUGCAUUUUCUCAGGCUCCAUGAUGGAUGAGAAACACAACUCUGUGAUGGACCGUCAACCAAUCUGCACUGGGGAGGAGAAGUUAGAGAAUCUCCCAGCAUCUGUGUUUGAAAUGGACAUGACUGGCCACAGCUAUAGCAUCUACAAUGCAAUCUAUAUUUUGGCACAGGCAAUACAUGUUGCUCAUUCAACUUCCUUCAAACAUAGAAUAAAAAUGGGCAAAGUAAGAGUUGUUGAAUUUCUCAAACUUCACCCAUGGAAGCUCAAUGAAAUUGUAAGAAGGAUCUCAUUCAAUAAUACUGCAGGAGAAACAAUAUCUUUCAACCAAAAUGGAGAACUAGACAAUGGUUUUGAUGUCAUCAAUUGGGUGACAUUCCCAAACAAGUCCUUUUUGAAAGUCAAAAUUGGUGGAAUAGGAUCUGUGACUUCCCAAGAGGACGUAUUAGUCAUCCACCAGGAAGCCAUCAUUUGGCCAAGCAGGUUUAACCAGGUCCAGCCACUUUCUGUGUGUAAUAACUAUUGCUCUUUGGGUUUCGCUAAGACCAAAAUAGAAGGGAAGCCAUUUUGUUGUUAUGAUUGUCUUCACUGUCCUGAAGGGAAGAUUUCCAAUCUCAUAGAUAUGGAUGAUUGUUUUUCAUGUCCAGAAGAUCAGUAUCCAAACAAGGAUCAGAAUUCAUGUCUUCCAAAAAUUGUAACGUUCCUAACAUAUGAAGAAUCACUGGGGACCUCCUUAGCCAUUUGUUCUCUUACGUCUUCUUUUAUUGUAUUGUUGGUUCUGGGUAUUUUCAUUAAAUACCAGGACACUCCCAUUGUCAAGGCCAACAACCGAAAUCUCACCUACAUCUUUCUCAUGUCCCUUCUGCUUUCAUUCCUUUGUGCUUUACUGUUUAUUGGCAAACCACAUAAAGUGAUAUGUGUCCUACGACAAAGUACUUUUGGUAUAAUAUUUACUGUAGCUGUAUCUUGCGUGUUAGCAAAAACCACCAUUGUGAUUUUAGCUUUCAUGGCUACCAAGCCAAACUCUACCAUGAGGAAAUGGGUUGGGAAAAGGUUGGCCAUUUCCAUUGUAUUUUUCUGCUCCUUCAUUCAAAUAGUUCUUUGUACUGUCUGGCUGUUGACUUCUCCCCCAUUCCCUGAUUUCAACAUGCACUUAAUGGCAGAAGAAAUUGUUCUGGAAUGUAAUGAAAACUCCUUUGUCAUGUUCUACUGUGUCCUGGGCUUUAUGGGCCUCCUAGCUCUUGUCAGCUUCACUUUAGCUUUCUUUGCCAGGAAACUACCAGACUCUUUUAACGAAGCCAAAUUUAUCACCUUCAGCAUGUUGAUUUUCUGCAGUGUUUGGCUCUCCUUUGUUCCUAGUUAUCUGACCACAGGGGGAAAACAUAUGGUGGCUGUGGAGAUCUUCUCGAUCAUGACAUCCAGUGGAGGGCUUCUUGUAUGCAUCUUCUUCCCUAAAUGCUUUAUCAUCCUACUGAAGCCUGAACUGAAUAACAAGCAGCAACUAAAACAAAGAAAAACCUGA